UUCUAUCCCCUUAUCAUCCUUCACAUUUCUGGUAGCACCACCCUGCUAACUGGUCGUCUUUAGCAGUCGUCCUGUGUGUCGUCUCCUCGCCCACAGUCGUCCACGCCCAACCUCCUCCAAACAUAUUUUAUUAUAGAUCAGCAUCAUUCAGUAGGUGGGCGCGGAACAACAAGGUGAGACUGUACUCCCGUGGCGAGGUUGAAGAGUAUUGUGUACCUCAGUCAGAGGUAUUCCGGCUGUAAGACGCUCCAUACAGCAGCCCAUGUAGUAACCCGUGUAGCAGCCCAUGUAGUAACCCGUGUAGCAGCCCAUGUAGUAACCCGUGUAGCAGCCCAUGCAGUAACCCGUGUAGCAGCCCAUGCAAUAACCCGUGUAGCAGCCCGUGCAGUAACCCGUGUAGCAGCCCAUGCUGUAGCCCGUGUAGCAGCCCAUGCUGUAGCCCGUGUAGCAGCCCAUGCUGUAGCCCGUGUAGCAGCCCAUACUGUAGCCCGUGUAGCAGCCCAUGCUGUAGCCCGUGUAGCAGCCCAUGCUGUAGCCCGUGUAGCAGCCCAUGCUGUAGCCCCCUACAACAGUCUACGUCGCAACAUUGCCAGUAUUUAGACUCAAGAACUCAUCCAACGCCCACGCAUUUUUAUUGCUAACUCUUAUCAACAACAACAACAUGGUAAUUGAAGACCUGGAAACAAGGGCUCUGCUUUGGAGCAUCACGUGUGGUAUCCUGGUGGUCCUGGCCGUCAUGAUCACUAUUACUUGUCUUCUUGUGCGCUACAAUUCUCGUCUCAAGGCAGUCAUGUAUGGUGAAUCAGGACGGCCGGGAGUCAGAGUCAAGGGAACCAGUCGACGAACGGCGCCACCUCAGCGGCCGAAGACAACCAUGGAGGAACCUUACCUCAAGCCUCGCGAAGUCCAACACCCUGAGGGCCUCCACCACAGCGACCAGCAGAAGGACGCCUGCCUCACUGGACAACCCAUGGUUCACUCGCCCAACUCCUCCCUAGAGGAUCAUAUCUACGAUGAGCCUCACCUGAGGGCAAUCAACCCCUCCAAACAUGUGUAUUACAACGCCAGUGAAACCUCUUCUGGUUCAGGGGAGUACGAACGAGUGAGUUACGUGAACGCUUAGGCCUAGAGGCCUACCCAACCAAGAGGCCUACCCAACCAAGAGGCCUACCCCAGCCAAGAGGCCUACCCCAGCCAAGAGGCCUACCCAACCAAGAGGCCUACCCAACCAAGAGGCCUACCCAACCAAGAGGCCUACCCCAGCCAAGAGGCCUACCCAACCAAGAGGCCUACCCAACCAAGAGGCCUACCCCAGCCAAGAGCCCUACCCAACCAAGAGGCCUACCCAACCAAGAGGCCUACCCAACCAAGAGGCCUACCCCAGCCAAGAGGCCUAUCCAACCAAGAGGUCUACCCCAGCCAAGAGGUCUACCCCAGCCAAGAGGCCUACCCAACCAACAGGCCUACCCCAGCCAAGAGGCCUACCCCAGCCAAGAGGCCUACCCAACCAAGAGGUCUACCCCAGCCAAGAGGUCUAUCCCAGCCAAGAGGCCUACCCAACCAACAGGCCUACCCAACCAAGAGGCCUACCCCAGCCAAGAGGCCUACCCAACCAAGAGGUCUACCCCAGCCAAGAGGUCUACCCCAGCCAAGAGGCCUACCCAACCAACAGGCCUACCCAACCAAGAGGCCUACCCCAGCCAAGAGGCCUACCCAACCAAGAGGCCUACCCAACCAAGAGGCCUAACCAUACACAAAUAACCCGCACAUAAAAGAGAGAAGCUUACGACGACGUUUCGGUCCGACUUGGACCAUUGACAAAGUCACAGUGUGACUUUCUCAAUGGUCCAAGUCGGACCGAAACGUCGUCGUAAGCUUCUCUCUUUUAUGUGCGGGUUAUUUGUGUAUCGUUCCAGUCACGGUAUUGUGCCUUUCUUGUUAUUUAGGCCUAACCAACCAGGAGGCCUACCCAACCAAGAGGCCUACUCCAGCCAAGAGGCCUACCCCAGCCAAGAGGCCUACCCCAGCCAAGAGGCCUACCCAACCAAGAGGCCUACCCCAGCCAAGAGGCCUACCCCAGCCAAGAGGCCUACCCCAGCCAAGAGGCCUACCAUAGCGGCCUAGCCAAGAGGCCUGCCCCUGCGGCCUAGGACAGUUACCUAAUAAUUGUAUUUGCAUUAUAGAGCAGCAGUAUAUAUAUAUAUAUAUAUAUAUAUAUAUAUAUAUAUAUAUAUAUAUAUAUAUAUAUAUAUAUAUAUAUUUAUAUAUUAAUAUAUUAUAUAUAUAUAUAUACACUGAGAGAUGUGUAUCUCCUGUGUAUAUACACUGAGAGAUGUGUAUCGUGCAUAUACACCAUGUAUAUUCCUCAGUGUAUAUACACCGAGUAUAACCCAGCCUAUCUUAGCUAUGGAAUUAUUUAUGUGUGAUUAGUAACCUUGUUGACUCCUAACUGUAAUCUUCGGGACUCGAGAUGUCACAUUAAGCGUUAAACCCAUAUGAGUCCUCCAUUAUAAGCAGUGAUGGCUUAUAUAAUAAUAAUAAUAAUAAUAAUAAUAAUAAUAAUAAUAAUAAUAAUAAUAAUAAUAAU